GCUUAGUAAGUAAUAAACUUCAGGAUGUGACGACUAACGAAGGUUGAUACCAUGAUGCUAUUGUGUAGGUGUGGCUAUGAACCACUCCUCGAAAUUGGGACAAUUAGUUUUUACUUGAGCUGAACUGUUUUACGGACGCGUAUUGUACGCUUUGUCCUAUUUAACUUACAUAAAAGGUUACACUUACUAGUACUAGGUACUUAUAUCUACAUCCUGCUGUAUAAUGGAUCCCAUAAUGGACGUAAUAAAAAAUUCAGAGGAGCCGGAAUGGCUUGAAAGGACAAUAGUAGGGGAAUUACGAGUUUGGCAAAUUAUGUUCCUGUGCUUAGCCGGGGUCACUUCUCUGAUCGUGGUGAUCUGUUGCUGCUUCCGCUUCCGCAUCCCGCGCACGAAGCAACAGAUCGAAGCAGACUACAAGCGCCGCAAGAUCACCACCAAGUUCCGCCAGCAGCUGGAAACUAUCCAAGACUCCAAAAUGGACGCCAUUUCCCUGAAAGACGCAUUGGAGCUAUUGCACGAGAAGAGCCAAUCAAUGGAGGGGGAGAAUCAGCAAGGCUCUCAGCACAGCUCCAUGGUGUCCCCUCAACAAAGUUCACUAGAAGCCUCUUUCCAGCCCGAUGGAGGCCAGAAGCCGGAGCCGCAAGCGUCUGGGCUCAACUUUGUGAAGUUCGCGACCAAAGUGGCCAAUUUGUCAAAACUUGGCCAACCGAAGUCGCCCACUUCGCCAACCACUUCAGAUAAUAAGAUGGAUUUUUAAGCACUUUUACUUGGACAUGAGUUUAAACUUGGAGAUCUCUCGUUUCGCACAGCAAAUAUAUAAAAAAAUAUAGUAUGCUAAUUUAAUUAAGGCUACAACACUAUUAGCUUUAAUUGAAAUAUUGUUCCUUUUAUUUUUGGCAAAUAGAUAGAAUAGUAGUACUUAACGAAAAAUUAUCUAAGUAGAUACGUAUCUAUUGUACCUAAAUAUGCAUAACUAUGAAAAAUAUAUUUUUUAAGAAUUUAUCAUAAUAUAUAGGUACCUACCUACAUAAUAAAUAUAUUUAAAUUAGCUUUGAUUUCUGUUUUAAAUAACCAUAUCUUUUUCGUUCGGUUUUAUGUAAAAAAAAAUGGCAACACGUAUUCUCAACUGAAUGAUUAUAUUGUUUGACGAUGUACCUAGUUGGUUUAGACCACAAUUAAACUGACCUAAACUUCUUUUCAAUUGACCCAACUGUGAAUUGAAUCGGCACUUGACUGCGAUUUGAACCCGCGACCUAUUUAAUCUAAGGGUAAAUGCAUACUUAAAAUACUCGCAGAAUCCUGUGACAUGGAAUUGAAGGCGUGCGGCUUUACGCCAAAAAUUAGGACCAGUUCAGACAUGACGAAAACGUACGGAUACAAACCGCGCGAUUUUAACAGCUGUAACCUAUUGUUGAGACAGUCUCGGUGAGCGUCAGAAUAAAUGUAAGAAUAGGAAUUGUUACCAUCGCAAGGCAAUUAACAUUGUCUAGAUAGGUCUUAGCAAUAGCACUACACAAAAGCUGUGCAAAGCUAUUUUCCGGGUGUCGAGUAACAGCGAACGCGCGGAUUUUACGUCCACGCGGUUAGGACUGAAAUGAAUGAAUGUAGAGAUAAAUAAAAUCCACGUGGUUUUUACUGUCUAACGUUGCCCUAAUAAAGAAAUAUAAUGCCCAUAUUAUGCGCUUGCUAUUACGGCUAGGUUUCAAGAAAAACCAAAUUACCUAUGCAGUAAGAUGUUUUCUUUAAUCUAGAAAAUAAAAAAUACAGUAUAUAAACGGAUUUUAGAUCACAAGAAUAAUUACAUAUUCACAAAUAACUUCAGUAAUCUGCAUGUUUACAUAAUCUCCUGUUACACUUAACUGACAGUUAAAAAAAACAAUGAUCAAAUCGUAAGCGAUAACUAAAGCAACAUUUAACUUACAUUUUUAUUAUACAUAAAUAAUACAUCCUUGCAAAUAAAAAUUACGUAAAAUUCAAGUUAGCUACAAUUUUAUUUUAAAUAGAUAAUAAUAUAAAUUGUUUCUACACGCUCAUUACUUUUCUGAACAACUGAACAAUACGCCGCUUCCGGGCCUGUCAUGUAAAUUAGUUUUUGUCACGUUUAUCUUCUAUAUUAAUUAGUGACUUAGUUAAUUAAUAAUUUCUAGGGAUUCGCCAAAAGUUUCGAUACUUUUAUUACGAAUAAGUAUAGAUUUUAAUACGAUACAGUCUUUCAUUCAUUAUUGUAAUCGAAUGGUUUAUGGUGGGAACCUAUUCGUAUCUCAUUUUUAAUCGAAUUGAGUUCGAGCCCCCGAAUACCUACAUAAUAACAAUUAUCUCUUUUGUUAAAGAAUGCUUUGCAGUAAUCGGGGAUUAAACUUUGAAAAGUUAAAGGUAACACACUCGUUUUAAUAUUUUAUCGAUACUUUUGUUUUCUCCUGCGAAUCCCUAGUGAUUUCUUCCGACGAACGAUAGUAUACCCUAAACAUUUCUCAGUCCAUGACUCGAUAUUUGCCACAAUCUCAUUCCUUUAUAUCCUUAACCGCUAAUACCUCUGUUCUACAGUUGAAUUUACAUUUACCUUUCAAAGCAAUAUUCUAAGGCUAUGUACACAAAAGCAGGCUGCGCCGCUUUGCAAAAUCCGUCCGUAAUUUUUCAUUCAAUAAUAGUCUGUGUAUUUUUUGAUGUGCUAUAAGUCGUGAUUUUAUGGUUUAAAUGACUUAUUUUAGUCUAGCUAAAUAAAUACCGUCCUAAGGAAUACCUACUAGUCGUUAUGUAAGUUAACUAGUUGGACGUGUUAUCUAUUAUAGUCACUAGUUUACCACUAUGUAGUAGAAAGUUAACCCAUCACGUCUUCGUUUAAAACCCCUUAUAAUAUAAUAAAAUAUUUAUAUUAUACUUUAUUUUAAAGUGAUGAACGGAUUUUUCAUUUUAUUAAAGCUAGGUGAACUAUUCAAAUUCAUCUUGAUUUUUGCGUUGCGUUUGCGGUGCGACCUCUUAUGUGCGCUAGCCUUUAUUUUACACAGCAUCUUUUAAUUUUGUACAGUAGGUAUUAUUUAAAUAUUUAACGCUCCAUUUUUAAGUUUUGGUUUAUGGCUAUUGGCUGCUAUUUGUGCACGAUUUACUUCGCCAUAUUGUUUCUUUAUUGAGCAAAUUUAUAAUUAUUGUAACGUUAUUCUGGUUUUAAAACAAUUAUUUAAAUGUCAACAAGUAAUUGCGAGAUUAAAAAUCUCAUUUAAUAUUAAUAAUUUCUUAGUGACAUUUCUAUCUCGUAGUUUGUUCACUGAAAAUAAAUAGAAUAACACGAUUAUGUACUGGUUUCAUUACAUUCUACGUCUUUCUCAUUAUUUAGUUUAACAAUAAACCUGCUCUGUACACUGCGACCGAAAAAAAAAUUCCUCAUCAAAACUUAUGUUUAUCUCUGUCACAUACUAAUGUUAAUCGCUGACCACCUCAUGUGAGAGCAAGGUAGCAAUAGGUACAUUAAUUGUAAUCGUACAUUAGAUAUUUACAGCUACUUUUCAGUGAAAUUAUUUCUUUUGCUUGCACAUUCUUUGGAAUUAAAAUAAAUUAAUAAAUGCGAAUUGGAAUAAAAGUAGCGGCCGAAUUGCACAUAAACAAUCGAUACAUAACGAUUCACAAAAGUUGAAACGGUGCAAGAG